AUGGCUCUGGGUGCUGUUGUAACUCCCUUGUCGGGUGAAAAUCUCGUUCUGCAAGGCGUACACCAAUUACAUAAAGCAGCUAUCAAGCCAAUCAAGCAGCGUAUCAAUAAGAUACUCAAAAUUAGAAUCACGAGAAUAGAGCAACUCGAGCAGAUGGCAGACCUCAUGCUACAACAAAUACAAAGCAGCCCUAAAGAUGCGCUCAACGAGCUCUUACUCAGAGGCUUUGUCCAGCAAAUCAAAACAUUCGCAUCCUCGCAAGGCGAGCGUAUAGAUGUGCUUACAGAUCUCAAGCAGCUGCUUGAAAGCGUUCAACAGGACACUACAGCAAUACAUAUAAAAACAGAGCAUGCAUCUAAAUCAAGUGUUAUAACAGGACUAUCUAGCGAUUCUGCUAUCCUCUGGAAGACUUAUCAAGCGUAG